AUGUUUAUUAAAGCUGAUGUAUUAAUUGAACAAUCUCCGACAUCAGAGAAUUCAGCAAUUAUGGCACAUCCUCCCAUCAAUACAUCUGACGAUUUGGACUUUGCUAUGGUUUCUUCACUAUAUGGACCAAUUUUGUUGAAUGCUGAUAUUGUACAUGGUGGUCUCAGUUCUCAUCAAUCGAUAAAUGCUGAAAAAUUUCUUCGUGAAUUGAAAAUAAAUGAUAUAAUAUAUCGUAUUAAUCAAAAAUGGAAAGAUAUUGAAAUAAAAUUAGAACAAUUAACGAAACCAUCGAAAGAUAUUGUGGAUGAAUGGAGAAAAUUUAAUUCGUCAUAUGUUAAUUUACUUGAUCGUCUGGGCGAAUUAGAAGCAAAAUGGUAUUCGAUUCAACGAGAAAAAUUUACAUCCACAACUGAAAUCUUAUUGAAUAAAGCAAAACUUGAUUUUGAUGUGCUACAAUUACAUGAACGUUCACAAAAUUUAUGUCAAUAUGUACUACAAAUUGCGUCUAAAAACAUUGAUACUCACUAA